AUGCACCUCGGAUAUGUGGCUUGGUUGGCUAUUUGUGCUGCCUUGCCUUCAGCUGCACUCAUCCGAUUCGGAUGCUCUCAGUUGACUGUGACGAGGCUCGACCCUUUAGUCAACCCGGGAAUUAACCCGUCUCCUCAUCUUCACCAGAUUGUUGGUGGUAACUCCUUCAAUGUAUCCAUGGACCCAGUCACUCAUGACCUUCCGAGUCUAUCCACAUGCACCACUUGUCAGUUUACGGAAGAUCUGUCUAAUUACUGGACCGCCGUCUUGUUCUUCAGGGCUCACAAUGGAACCUACAAGCGAGUACCCAUCCGCGGAAAUGCGGGAUUCGAAGGUGCCGACGGGGGCAUGACAGUAUAUUACAUGCAGGAUGGGUUGGCAGACUUCGAGCAGCAAAGCAGAGUCACUGCAUUCCAACCGGGUUUCCGUAUGCUGGUCGGCGACCAGGGAGCUCGUACACCGGACAAGGCGGAGAAAUACCGCCAGCUGACGUACACUUGUUUACAAGAUUUGUACACCCGCUACCCGGAGACCAAAAACUUACCUUCCGGGCCUUGCCCGGCCGGGAUCAUGGUGAAUGUUCGAUUCCCUACUUGCUGGGACGGUGUGAACCUCGACUCAGCAAACCACAUGGAUCAUGUCUCCUACCCCGCCAAUGGUACCUUUGAAGGCGGUGCGCCUUGCCCUUCUACACACCCAGUCAGGAUCCCACAGCUCAUGUUCGAGACCAUUUGGGAUACUCGGCAGUUCAACAACCCGAGCGACUGGCCCACUGGUGGCUCCCAGCCUUUUGUGUGGUCGAUGGAUGACAGCACGGGUUACGGCAACCAUGGCGACUACGUCUUUGGCUGGAAAGAUGACUCUCUACAAAGGACAAUGGACUCUUCAUGCUAUGUCAACUGCGACACCUUGACGACCCAAAACAUGUCUGCUCAAAACGGGUGUACUAUCCCCUCGGCGGUUGAUGAGGAUGUGGACGGAUGGCUUGAUGCUCUACCCGGACUUUGA